GCAGUGACUCUAUGUCCCUACAGACGAUAGCAUCGUGCGGUUAGUAUUCUAAUACUAAUUUCAGCAUUAUCGAAAUAUCGCGUUCGAAUAAAUGUGAAAAUCCUUUCUUUCUGCAUAGAAAAUUGGAAGUGAAACUUGUGUUAAGAGCAUCGUAAUGUUUACCCUAAUGUGAUUUACAAAGUAUUUUUCUGGAGAACUGGACUAUAAAUUCACGAUUGAUCAAACCGGAUCAAGAAAACAGUUCCAGGUAUAAUCUGAUUCUACCCAACCGUCAAAAACCUGGUCUAUAAUGUGGUUUCUUCUCGUUCUACUGUCUACUUUCUCUUCAACUUUUUCCGGUGCUAACAAGAAAAGCUGUGGUGGUGUGUAUACUGCUGCGAGAGGAGUCUUAAGUACGCCAAAUUUUCCAGAUCCCUUUAAAGUUCCUAUAAAUUGUGAAUGGGUAAUUGACGCUCAAUUAUCUUCAGCUGCAAAUACUUCGAUAGUUGUCUACCUAACUCAACUUUUUGUUUACGAAGGCUUGACAUUCACAGAAUAUCAAAUUUAUGGUGAUGAUUACAAAAUUAAUCCAAAAAUAAUCCAUACAGUGAACGAGACCAAUAUAAGUCGUACCAGAUGGAUAAAAACUUAUCAAAGCUUUUUGGUAAUACAAUUGAAGUUAUCCUCUGCAGAUAGUGUGCAUUUGAGAGUAUUAGAUAAAUUUUUGGACGUAUUUGGUUUCAACAUUACUUAUGAAAUCACUACAGGGAGCGUAAGAAGUAAUUCUUGUACCAUGAUGGAUUGUGGAUUCACUGGAAAUUGCUAUGACUAUUACACGAAAUUCAGCUGCUCAUGUUUACAAGGAUAUUCAGGACCAACCUGUUCCAAUGGAUCCAAUUCAUUUUGCGAUCCAGGAGGUGUACGCACUUGUAAAAAUGGAGGACGAUGCAUUCAUGUAGGAGUAGCGGCUGUUAGAUGUGCGUGUACCUCAAACUUUACCGGUCCUACCUGCGACACACCUGUAAUUUCAGAAACUACACGAGAUUGUAGCAGAUGUAGAAUAUGUCCAUCUGACGACCGUUUCGAAGCUCAAUGUAAAUGUGUUAACAAAGACAGUGUCAAUAUAUCCCACAUUUCCAAAGAAGAACCGGAUACAGAGCAUAACACACUGUUAAAUUUUGAACCAAAACCAAAUACAAAUACUAUAAUCAAUGACCCUGACUACCCACAAAGUUGUCAAUCUACUUCAGCUCAACCAGAAGUUGAACAAAUCGUUAACCCAAUAUCUAACUCGGAAGCAAAUGUAGUACUAUUAUCGAUAGCAGUAGGUCAUGUGGAAGGUAAAACAGCAAUACUAGAAAUCCCAGAUGACAUGUGUCCAAUUAUUUCAUUCGAAAAAGUACACGAGUCUCCAUGGAUUGAUUAA